AUGCUCUUUGACUUUAUAGAGCGUUUAGCUGUUGUAGCAGCUCGAAACAAUGUUCAAACCGUCUACUUCCACAACUUAGGACGAUUCGAUGGGAUUAUCUUAAUGAAGUAUUUUGUUCAUAGGUCAACGUACAGCAUCAAGCCACUGAUGAGGAAUAACAAGCUCUACGAGUUGGUUGUCUCUCGUGGGAAGAAGGUGGUCUUCCGUCUAAAGGAUUCUAUAAACCUUCUCUCCGGUUCUCUUAACUCCUUAGCUAAGACCUUGUGCCCAGAAUUGGGUUCUAAGGGCAGUAUUCCAAUCAAAUAUGAAGAUGUAGAUGUGCCUGCUUUGAAGCAGUAUGGUUCCGAAUUGAUGGAAUACCUGAAACAGGACAUCCUUCUCUUAGGUGGGAUUAUGCACAAGGCCCAAGAGAUCAACUGGACUGAUUACCAGAUUGAUAUCGAGGACUGCUUGACAGUCUCAGCCCUUGCAAUGAAGAUCUUUCGAACGUGUUAUUACGAUCCAAAUACCUUCCCGAUCCAUCUACCCGGCAAGAAUGAGGAUAAAUUCAUUCGGAGGGUCUGGAAAAGGGAUCUUCGAGACCAGGACUUGGACAGCUUGUAUGGAUUCAUUGAGGCCUAUGUUGUCUGCCCUCCAACCAUGAAGAAACCAUUCCUGCCCUAUAAGGAGCAUGAGAGACUGCUCUUCCCAACAGGUAGAUUCAUAGGUGUCUACUUUAGCGAAGAACUCAAGUAUGCCCGCAAUCUGGGGUACAAGAUCCUACCCCUCAAGGGAUACCUCUUUGAGGAGAAAGCGUCUCCAUUCGGUGGUUUUGUCCAUAACCACUACGAGAAGAGACUGGAGGCAAAGAAGAGCUCACAUGAUGGGUUGUCUUAUGUCUACAAGAUACUCAUGAACUCUCUCUAUGGCCGAUUUGGCAUCAAUCCAGAAAGUAAAAUAACUGAGAUCUGUCACAAAGACAAUAUUGAGUCAAUGUACAAUCGUUGUGGCUUUCACAGUGCGGAUCCACUGACGGAUGAUUACUUAAUGGUUCAUUUCGUGAGCAACCACCCCGAUGCCCCUGACUAUGAAUGGCAUCCACCUAGGAUCUCGGCAGUUCAGCUCUCUGCUGCUAUUACUGCCUAUGCUCGGAUCCAUAUGUACAAAUACAUCUCAAGAGAGGACUGCUACUACACCGAUACUGACUCUGCCUUCCUUGGGAGUCCACUGCCGGAAGAGGAGAUCUCAUCCACCGUCUUGGGCAAGCUCAAGCUGGAGCAUAUAGUUCAGGAAGGGUACUUUGUCGCUCCGAAAAGUUAUGGUUUAAAGACCAAAGACAAUGUAGAGAUUGUGAAGCAAAAGGGUGCUGCAAAAAACUAUGUGGACUUCGAAUGGUUUAAACAACUAUACGCUAAUCCCUCUCUAAAGAAAGAUGUCACCGUUGAAUCACUCUUCAACGUGAAUCUGAGUGAUCUUCAAGUCGAACAAAGGGAAUCUCUGCAUCAACUAGGAAUCAAUCUCAACAACCCAAAAGGGAUCUCAUCUUUGAUGAGGAUCAUGUAUGGGUAG